GGUUUGGGGUGGGGUGGUGUAUAAGGGAGGAGCGGGUGAGUUUGCCGUCCUCCUGUCACCCUGUGAGGGAGCCCCUCCUCUGCCUCGCUGCCUCCCUGCCCAGCCUGAAGGGAAACUCCAGCUCACUUCAACCUGAGAGACUCACCAACAGCAGCCGCUCGCUCCACAGCUCCUCAUCCUCUUUUUCAUCAACUCCAUCCUCCUUCUUCCUCAGGUGUCCCUUCAUGGCGGCCUCCCCCAAGUCCUCCCAAACAGCAAAGAACUUGCUGAUUGGCGUGCUGGCAAUUUGGUCCAUCGUCUCGUUAAUCGUCAUUGUGGUGUGGGCGACGUCUCCGGACCUGAAGGGCUCGGCCCAGUGCCGCGCCGAGCUGCAGGAGGCGACGGAGAAGCUGGAGGGAGCCAAGGUGAUGUUCAGCAAGACCAAGGUGGCUCUGGAGGAGAUGGUGGAGGAGGAGAGGGAGAAGUAUGCCCGUCAGCAAGCUGAGAUCCUGGUGCUGCUGGGACACCUCAACGCCACCAACGCUACACUGGAAGAGUGUCGGCAGGAAAACGUCAUCCUGAACGGGAACAUCACCGUCCUGCAGGAGGACAUCGAGCAGCUGCGUCAGAAGGAGGCAAACCUCACGGCUCAAAUCAGCCUGCAGGAAGAGCACAUCGAUGCUCUGGAGCACAACGUGACUCAGGCCGUCCAUCAGACCGAGUCCUGCUUCAGCCUGAAGGCAGCAGCUCACAGCCAGAUGGUGGCAGCUCAGACUCAGACCAAAGCCUGCGAGUCCAACCAGCAGUAUCUGCAGAAGCAGCUUCAGAAGUGUAAAACUGCUGAAUCUGAAGCUCCUCAGCAGACACAGCAGCAGGCCUCCACUCCACCCGACUCGGCUGCCUCCCCCCUCAUCGGUAUUCCUGCGCUGACGCUGCUCAUCUGCAGCUCUCUGCAUCUGAUAACCUGAGCUCGGUGUGGCGGACGGUGGCACCGACAGCGAGCACUGUGGUCCAGGAGGGGGCGGAGCCUGGACCCACAUAAGGACUGCUGUACAAACUUCCCGCAACAAACAAGCAGGUCGCCAUGGAGACACGUCACGCUGUCGUAUGAUGAAUGAUUGGACACGAACUUUGCUUAAACUGCACAGCUGAGACGUUUACUGACCGCUGGACUCCUCACGCUUGACAGACACAAAGCUUUGCUGCUGCUUUUUCACUUUUUAGGCCAAAAGGAAAAUUCUUAAACAGUUUCCUUGAACUAAAAUAAGCUUAAAAUCCCAAACUGCUCCUGAUCAGGUUUCUACUCAGCUGUAAUCAGUGUGUGAAUGGACUUCAAGUACAUUGUUCUUGUUUUGUUUGUUUUUUUUUUAAAAUUGCAUUUGCUUGUUUUUGUGCUUUUUAAAGUCAAACUCAGCCUGCAGCUUCUGUCACUGCAGUGGACAAACGACUCGACUCUUAGAAGCUUUUAUUGAAUUUUAUCAGAUGCUGGUUUGAGGCUGGGGGUUCAGGGUGGAUGUUUUUAACUGAAUAAACCUGAGGAGUUUCUCAAA